GUGGAAUUAAUGGCGGAUGCACAGGAGAGAGUAUUUCCUCGGGAAUUCUUCCAGAAAUCCGGAUGUAUAAACACUUGAAAAAGAUCUCUUGUAGUUUUACGUGAGCGUUUGGCAUGGACGCAGUACAUAUAUGCAAGAAAACAAGCUGUUGUUGGCUGUUUUAGCUAUGAUCGAGGUGAAAGCUCGAUUGCUUCGUGGGUCGGUAUUCUUUGCUGGGGAAUGUAUAGAGUGUGAGAUUAUUUUCACGAAUACUGCAAGCAUUAAGGAAAGCAAUUGCAGCGAGACUGGUAAUCACGCGUUAAAUAAUGAAUGGAUGAAGGAGAACUCCGGAACGGACAGACUAGCUUGGGCUAGCGCGCAGAUUCACUGUCAAUGUACCGUAAACGAAUCGCGCGUGAAACUUUCUUCGAGAACUGAUCGAAUGUCAGAUCAAUUCACUUUAAACUCGACUUCUUCUUGUACAAGCUUCGUUCCUUCGAGAGGUUAGAAAACAGUUGCGGCGUUGGUGUGAUUUAUUACUCGAUUUGGUUGGUAUACUAUCUACUAUCCGGUUCAUGACAGGCUGGUGGUGAAUUAUUGAUUUGAGUUAUUUCUUGUUAUUUCUCGAAGGUGAGGAAGGACGAUGUUUGAUGUCUACGCAGCCAAAGAUACUCUUCUGUGACUUGGAGCUUGCUCCUGGCGAAUCUAAAAAUUGUAAGUGUGGAUUUUUGGCUCAACUUUUUUUUGAGCAUAUAUCAUUACUUUCUAUAGAACUAUUAAAAAUAUAACAGACACUCACUGUUAAAAAAUGUAUGUGGGAUAUAAUGGUAAACAUCGGUAAUGCGCGCGUCCUUUAUCAAAACUAAUUAAGCCUCAAAGAAGUGUAUUGAUCGUGAAAGAUAUUUCUGUUUUUCGUUUUUUUUGGCAGGAUCUUUACUAUUAAACAGUGUGUCCAAAACAUAUGCUUUGGAACAACAUGGUGAAAAUUUUGAUGAACGACUCUUUUAAUUGAAUUUAUUUGGCUCUUAGCCGGAUAAUGAAAGUUUCCUAAUUAACAGUAUUGUGUUUGCAUUCAUACCAGUUGUCAGUUGUCUGAUUGAAGUGCCUGCUGAUAUUAUUAUUUUGUGUCAUUGAAAGUGUAAGCACAGUUUUUGUAUACAGUGAACAUGAAAAUUAAGGAAAAAUUUUUUGUUCUAGACUGUUUUUUUUUUUUGUUGUUGUGGAUAUCUUGAUUUUUGAUGUCUUAAGUCUAGCCUUACACCUUUCAGUGAGUGAAACCUCCCUAAAUCAAGAGAGUUUCGAACCAGGUUCUGUUGAUUGCUUACUUUUAGUACCUCAGCUUUCCAGAAAAAUCAUUCCUCACUGUGUGAAAAAUUAGCUUAUUUUAUUGUGAUCAAAUCCAUCACAGAAAUUUUGAAUUUUAACAUUAGAUUGAAAGAAAUGCAUUAAAUUCCUUCGGUACACUACAGUUGAAUGCUGUAAUGUGAGUGUUCUGGGUUAUGAACUGAGGGGUCAAUUACUGUGUUUGAUUUGGUACGAGAAGCAAGCUUUGGUUUGAAUAACAAUUUUAGACCAAAGGUUGUUAUCAAUUGUUUUAUCUCAGCUACUUAAAUUGGAGUUACAAAAAUCAAGCAGUGGGAUAGAUGGGACUCAAUGAAUUGCAAUCACUGAUUGAUUUUAUUAUCUAUGUACCUUUUGGAGGUCAUUCUUCUUGGCAUUAUCAGCUAAUCCCUCUCUGUCUCUUUCCCCAUUUCCCCUUUAGUCUAAUUACCCUUGCUAAAGGCUGUGUGAUGAAGUAAGUGGGCUUAAGAUAGAUGAACCUUGAUAUCCCAUUGCUAUGUUCUAAGAGAAACAGCUAGAAAUAGGAAAACUGCACACGAGAUGGCGGAUCAACUCAAGAACUGUGUUAAUCAAGGAGCACAUGGGUUUUACAGUAACCACAUACAUGCUGAGGGCUCAGUGUGAAUUACUGACCCUUUAAGCACUAAUAGUGAUCAGUCUCAAAUUUCUCCUUGUAGUGUCACUGCUUUAUAAAACAGAGUGAUCAUGAGAAUUAAGGACAUGAUCACACAAGAUGAAUCUAAUUGAUACUUCGACAAAUAAUUUCUCCCCACUACUUCUGUUGAAAACGUAUAGGUGGGAUAACAAAUGAGAAUUUGAAUUUUGAUGUUAGAGUUUAAAGCCAAAUGUGAUGGUACACUAUGACACCCGACAACCAGAAGUUGAUUGUUUCUCUCCUUCAGUGGUAUAACUCUCUCUAUAACGUUAUGCUCCAGAAGUAAAAGCAAAAGUUUUCAAGCUUAUUAUGCGAGACAGAAGCAUAUUUCUGUCAAGUUGAAGCAAAAACCAAACUUCUGUUAAUGCCAUGCAUGAUUCUGGGAUGUGAGCAUUCUUGUUGCCUAAGCUUGUUAAAACUAAAAAGUUUUCAAUCAUGUUUUUAUAUUUGCUGUGGUUACACACUAGCUUUUUUUUCUUACUGAUUAGCUCUGUUGCGUAUAAAUUAUUUCAUACUCAUCUUGUACAUUACACUUUAGAUUUUUAUAGUGACACUAUCCCAUUUGAUGGAGCCCCAUCUUACAAAGGACAUGCCGUUAAAUAUUCAUACAAGAUCACUGUUGGUACAAGCAGGGUUCAAGGACAUUCUGUCUUGCUGAGACUACCUUUUAGAAUAAUGGUGUUACAAGGUUUGUACAAAUCGCACUUUGCUAUUACUGUACAUACACAUAGACAUGUUUACAUGUACCAAAUACUAAAUCUCAGAGUAUUGAUUAUCAAUUCACUUUCUGUGAAGUAUGCAUUCAGUGGAAAAUGUCAGCUUAAUGGAUGAUAUGAAUUACUCUAAAAUCAAGAUGAAGGGAAAAACAACCCAUUUGUAUAUCGUUUACAAAUGUUUUUUUCUGAAUAUAUCUGUAAUUAGAUAUAUUCAGAAAAAAACAACCUUUAGCUGGAGCUAAUGAUCUGAUUUUUGUAGAAGUAAGCUACCAGGGGUGUUGCAUAUUGUCCCUGGAGAGGAUUCGGAACCCAUUGCAGGGUAAUGUACUUGGGGCAAAAGAAAAUUUAAAUAAUUAGGGUCACUCAGGUGUUACGAAGGUGUCUGAUGGGAUAGGUUGUAUCGUAUACAGCUAUUUCGAGAAAGGUUGUCAAAAAAGUGCAUGCAACAGUCCCGAAAGGUAUUGUGGGUGGCUUUAAGGGCACUGUUCUUCAAAGAAAUUUGGAAGAAUGGUAUAGGAGGCCACGCACAUAUGUUUGCGAGUACUAAAAGAAAUCAACAAAAGUAGGUUUGACAGGUUCAGUCGUUACGAACAGUGUGUUGAUGAUAUCCCAUAUUAUACGUUUCAGGAUUGUCGCGUGCACAUUUCUUCCGAUAACCUUUCUCGAAACAGCUGUAUGUGCCUUUGAUUUGCGUAAUAUUUCUGACGGACUUUUAUAUUGUACUAAGAAAUAAAGGAUUUUGUUAAAGUCAUAUUGUUUUUAUCUUCAUUUUUUCAGGCCUGGGGGAGCUUGAACAUUUUUUAAACAAAGAGGAAAAUUCACAUAAUCCAUUUUUAGAAAAUUCUUCUCCAAAGACAUCCUUGUUAGAUUUAGCAGUGGAAAUUUUAACGACAAUUACUUCUAGGAGAAAUCCCCGUAAGUAUGCAUUGCCUUUUUAGAAGUGAACUUUUACCAGUCCAAAAAUUUCUGUGGGCAGAGUGGGAAAUUUUACACUUAUAGUUUAAAUUUUUACUCUGCUUCCUCCAGGCUCCUCUUGUAAAUCUUUUUACUCCUAAUAGUAAACAAUAAUAUUUGCAAAAAAAAAAGAAAAAAAAAAUCAAAUUUCAGAUUUUUCUACUGUUUAGAGGUGACUACCCAGCCCUAUGCAGAAGUUCUGCUGAAAAGGUUUCAUUUUAAUGGUAAUACCACAAGAUUUCAUCUGCAGAUUCCUAAGCCAGCAUAAAGUAAUCUCAUGUUUGCAUUUAAAUAUUAAUCAUCAUAAUUAAGCAAACAAUUCAAUCUAAAUUGUGUCAGUUAGUUUGCAAUUUGCAAUGUGCGCAUGAAAUCAUGAUGUCAGGAUUAACAAGUAACCUCUGCCAAAAAUAAUACUAUUCAUGCUGACUGUAUAGUAGAUGCCAUUCAACACAAAAAAGGCAAUCAAACCUUUAUUACAUAGUUUGACUAUCUGAAAAUGUCCUCUAUCAUUCACUAGAUACUAAAAAUAUGUUAUCUGAAAUGUGGUUAAUUUUUGCAGAUGUAUAUAAUAUUGUUAGUGAUGGAGGAACAGUAGGAAAAUUUUGUCUCUUCAAGUCUGCAUACCGGAUUGGUGAAGAAAUUGUAGGAUCUUUUGAUUUUUCUGAUUCUGUUAUUGUUUGCCAAAAGGUAUGUAAUAUAUUAUUUUGAUUUUUGUGGGUUUGCAGUCAUCAGGCCCCUCCCUAAGACAGAAACCUAGAUUCUGUCAUUGCCCUUUACUCAGCUUUAGUCAUUUUCUUUGGCUUUUUUUCCAAGAGGCAGAUGCCUGUCUUGCAUGAGGCCCUCAUAGGGGUUGGAGUACAUGUCCCUGGUCUGAAUUUCAAAUAAAGUCGUUUCACCUUUUGAGGAGUAGGCCAUGUUGCUGUCUGUAUGUAACCCACCUUUAUGUCAUUUGUUGCCAUUUCAUCCAGUCUUAUGCAGGGUUGUCACUAAGAUUUCAAGUUGCCGGGUAAAUACAACAAGCAGGCUGGGAAUCAAACAGCUAGGGAUUUCUUUCAGUUCUAUUUUUCUUCUAUUUUUCAAUGAAAGCAGCCAGGGGCCACACUCGUAGUAGCCAGGAAAAAUCCCCGGGCCCCAGCUCUUAAUGACAGCCCUGCUUAUGUUGCUGUUUCAAGGCUGUGUCACUUGUUGGAAAUUAACCCUAACAGGGCCUCUUGCAUGGACACUAUAUGGUGUAGUACCGUUCUUAAUGGUGUCUGUCAAAAAGAGAAGCUAACUGUGAAGUGUGGAUUAUAUCUAUUAUCUUAUCUACUUGUUUCCAAGAUUUGUUUCUCCUAAAUGGGCAAAGUGAGAUCUCACAUUUUUGCCUCUUGAUACAGAUUAAAGGUACAUGUUUGUUCAUGGCCCAGCUCAUGAUUAUGAAAUCAGCUUAACAUGCAUUUUUUAGAAUUCAGUUAAACCUGGGAUAAAUUAUAUAUAGAAAACUUAAUUAAGACUAUAAUAUUGUUGUUAUACUAGUCUUAUAAAUUGUUUUCCCAAAAAUUGGAUCAUAAUUGACAUGUCUUCAUCUUGGAUUUCAUUAGCCCACCUUGAGAGCUACUGAACUGUUCUUUUCACAAAAAGGAAUAGUUUUUAGAUGCACAAGAGUAGUUUUUUCAUGGGCAAAUUGGGGGAUAAAUGCAGAAUUAUUAACAGCAAAAUUACCUGUACAGUGCAGUGCACCUGUAAUAUUAGUCACAUGCCUUUUUUGCAACAAUUAAAGUUUUAAUUUUGUCUAUUGUUUACUGACAAAAUGCUUUGUUUAGUUUUCCGUAGUUCUUCAAAGUGAGGAGCAUAUUCCUGAAGACUCUCGCAAUCCUUCUAGACCGGAAUCAUCUGACGUGACGUACUCAUCUUUCACUAGUAUUCAAGAAAGCUGUUUGCAUACCAAGAAAACUCAUUUGGUGUUACCAAUACCUUUUACUGCAUGUCCAGAGUUUGUAUCAGAUUUAGGUAAGACCGCUUGGAAUGUUAGCCUUUCCACAUUCUUUCAAUGUGAAAAUAAAUAAUAAUAUUAUUACUCCGUAAUUGCACUACAUAGUACUAUCAAAGCUAUGCUCUAAGAGAAAUUGAAGGGAGCCCGGCAGUGCUCUGAACCUGUGAAAUUCAGGGUGCCCAUCAUAUGAUUUCCAUGAAAAAACUAAAUUUUCUAGUGGCCUGGGAGCAAAAAUUAGGUGCCAGUGGCCAGCAGGCACUGCCACAGCACAGCUUUGGCUAUUCUAUUUGAAGGUUUCAAAUGAAGUCAACAAAAAGAGAUGCUGACUAUCCAAAAAUGCUCUCUGAAUAAGAGGAAAUAUGUGUUCAGUGUAGGUCCAGGCAUGGGCAGACACGUGCACGAGAGCACACCAUAAAUCAAUAUGUCCCCACAAUAGACAGCUAGAUUUUCUGUUAAAGUUGUUGUGUUUGCUCAAGUAAAAUAUGAUGAUCAAAAGUCUGUUAAGGUUAAGGUCGAUAGUUUCAGACUUUUCUAGAACAUGGCUACAAGCAUUUCCUGGUUGCCAAAACUUAAUGCAAAGAAAGAGGUUUUGAUUAGGUAAUUACUGGCAAAUUUGCCAAUCUCCAGCUACUGUUAAAACCUCUAUUAUUGACACUGAUUGUCACAACAUUGUGAAACCCUCACGUCAUGUCCUUAUGUGUAACAUAUCUGUUAUUAUUAUUUAUUUGUUUAUUUAUUUUUUGCAGUAUGUUUAAGGUGGAGACUUCAUUUUGAAUUUGUACUGGCAUCAACACCACUACCAGCUGGAGCUAGUCCUGUGCAACUUACAAGUCGUUAUACGGACAUUGCGACAUGGCAGGGUCCAGCUGAUGUUGAUGUGGAAACCAUGACUUGGGAUCUACCGAUCAAAAUUCUGCCUACAAAUCCACUGCAUGCCUCAUCUAUCUCAACAAGCAGGACGAGAAACACUGUAGUUUUUUGAGAGAUACGUGUAUUUAUUUGUUUAACAUUAUGAAGGAGAAGACUGUGGUUUAUUGUGGUGUAAGAAGAUGGGAGUAAGGAGAACUAAAUGGAGAUUAAUUUUGAAUCUUAUAAUGUUUGAACAAUGAAACAGGGACUACUGUUGGACACUACAUCAAUGUACAGUGCAUUUAGCCAAAAUUUUCUAACCUUGGGUAUUAUUAACUUGAGCAAGAUGGCCCUCCUCAGUAUCAUAAACGUAAGAUCAAGGAAAUAUUGAACCCAAUAAAGUUUGUCAAUAAUACAUAUCCCAAGAGUAUAUGUAUGGCAUUUUGCUUAAGAUACUGAAUCUGAAACUUUACAAAAAUGAAAACAAAAACUUCUUUAUUGCCUUGUUACAUUUUUUUGUUGUAACACUUUAAUGAAUUUCUAGAUUGCUAGUAAGUUUUAGUUGUUAUUAUCCAUGGCAAUUCAAGACUUGGGCACCCCAUAUUUUCAAGUUUAAUAUUUUUGUUUCGACCACAUGUCUUUACAGGCAACUUUCUAUGAGAUAUUUUUGUUUACCAUUUAUAAUGGUACAUGUGAGUGUAUCGAUUUGUUUUUAGACCAGGAGGGCUUUUUUUGUUUGAAGCAAAUAAUAGUGACAAUAUUAAAAUAUUAUAUUUAUUACUGUACAGUCGACCUUGGAUAUCCCUAUUCCCUUCUUUUGUGACAUUAUAGUAAAUUAUUUUUAUGCUUGGCUUGUACUGUAAUAUUAAGGAGACACGUUUGAAGGAGUACUUUUUUAUACAGGAUUUAAGACUAUAUAGCCUAAAGGAAGGUUACUUUUUUCACUUUUUAACGUAACCCAUUCCCAAAAUAUUUUUGGGUUGCCACCUUUUUUACAUGUGUGACUCUGGAAUCAUUACGCAUUUAAUUUAAUGUCGUUUACAUUCAAUUCUGAAGUUGAUGAUGAUAAACUAUUGCACCAUUAAUUUAAUAUAUUAAUUUAUUAUUCCACAGACAAUUAAUUUAAAAUGUGUUUGCAAUAUUUUGUGCCCUCAUGAUGUGGGAAUUAAUCUGAAGACUGUCCUGAGUGUUUGCUGGUAGGCAAUAGAGUGUGUUUUAACAAAACAGUCAGCUGUCUUUUAUCUAUGAAACCUGCUGGUAUCACCUGGUAGGGACAUACUCUAGGCCAGGGGUGCUUUUGAUUGGGAAAUCUAUAUGUAAAUUUUGGAAUCUCAGUUAAUGGUGUACAAGUCUUGCCUAUGACCAUUCAAAUGUAACCUGUUUGGCAGUACCGGUACUUUUAAAUUAAUGUUUCUUUUAUGUUUUUCAGCAUUUUAAUGAUAACAUUUGGAAUUUUUGCCUAAUUUUGAUUUUGCCCACUUCUACAAGUGAAAGGUUAGAUCAGGAGAGAGUUCACUGUUUAUUCAAGUUGUGCAGGAAAAAAUUUUCAAAAUUCCAUAUAGUGAUUCCCCAUUAUAGGUGUAUCUCAAUGUUCUGUGAUUUUCUAACUGCAUUCUUCCAGUAAUAUAUUAGUCAGAAGCUAUCUUAAGUCCAGUGUACUGUUAUACAAGUCAAACCUGUAUUACUGUGUUUUUUUUUUGGCAAUGGCCAUCUGGUCUGCUUAAAAAAAUGGGCUAUUUCAUGGGGAUAUAGCUAUUUUAGGUCAAUUUUGUGCUGAAGUCAUGAAUAUUACGUUUCUGGAAAACUGUCCACCUACCCCUCCCCUAAGCCAACAUUAACACUACUUCUCACUCAGGGUAAAAUGUUGGCUUAGGGGAGGGGUAUUAGGGCAGUUUACCAGAGACGUAUAAUGAUCCAAUAUUACUUAGUGUGUUUACCCAUACACUAAAUGCUCUUGAUGGUGAUAUUUUAAGUAGAAAUUAUAGCAUUUCAAUAGAGGGACUGACAAUGAGUUAAAUUACAGCUCUAGUUAAUACUGAUUAAGACUAAUUUUCAUUUAAUUUUAAUCUUAGCAAUAUAAAACGUCCUUAUCAUGUGAACGGUUACACUGUACAAAAUCAAGGUGCAUUUGCCUGUAAUAUGUAUGAUAAAGAAAUUUUAUUUGUGCAACUGAGCUGUGCAGUGAAAUA